AGCGGACCAGAUUGGGACCCGGAAGAGCCAAUGGGUCUCUAGGGCCCGGAGGGGGUGUGGCCUAGGUACGGCGGCCGCGCUGGGCCUAGCUUGUUUGCCGUUCGGUAAAGGUGCCGGGAGCCGGGAUGGGGAGCGAACAGCUCGGCGCUGCUGGGGUCGGCGCGGCGCCCGAGGGCGGCCCCUUCUUCACCCUGGCGGAGGUGGCGAAGCACAACUCGAGCCGCGAGGCCUGGCUGGUGAUCCACGGGCGCGUGUACGACGUCGGCCGCUUCCUGGACGAGCAUCCAGGUGGAGAGGAGGUUUUGCUCGAACAGGCUGGUAGGGAUGCCACAGAGAGCUUUGAAGAUGUUGGGCACUCCACAGAUGCCAGGGAAAUGCUCAAAGAGUACCUCAUAGGAGAGGUUCACCCGUGCGAUCGUAAAAACGAAGGCUCUAAGGAUCCAAACACGACAUCCUCAAGCCAGUCAAGUUUCUGGUCAACGUGGCUAAUCCCCAUCUUCGGCGCGCUGGUCAUAGGCUUAAUGUACCGAUAUUACAUGUUGGAUGGGAAAUCUUCUUGAUCUGGCCUCGCUGGAACCUUGAGAAGCAUGAGAGCACACGCAUGCGAGCAAGAGCUCUGGGGUUUUGGGUUUCUUAAACCUUGCGUAUUUUGUUCUUAGCUUUGAGUCUGUCUAGCAAUAGUGGUGUCUGCAAAGCCAAGCUACUGUUAGAGAGUGUCUGUCCAGACUCUGGGAUCCACUGCCCUGUCUCGCAUUCUCUUCAGAGUCUUGUAUGUGCGUUGGGGCAGGGGGUGAGGUGCAGUGUCCUAAUAUUCCAUUCUAUGUCUAGUCUGUCUCGCUGUAAUGAUCAAUCAUGGGUAACGUUUCUUUUAACACCUUUUUGUUAAUCCCAGCAAUGUGGAACAGCUGCUAGCGUGAGCCUGUGAAAGGCCUCUCUCUUUCAUGUGAGUGAGCAUUGUCAAAGAAACUGCAAGCGGUCUACAAUCCCAUCCAGCAGAAGUGUUCUGAGCCUGAGCAGAACAGCUUUCCCGGUGCACCCAGGCAACACUAACAGGAGCAGCAGGAAAUUGCUAGCUCUUGUUGUCUCUUCAUAUAUGUGGCUGUUUUUAAAUGGUUAAGCAAAUAUAUAUAUUUUAAAAUGGA